CCAGCAAUACCUCUGAACUGUGACAGCGGAUGAGCCGCUCUCUUCCAGCGCUUUCACCACUCACUCUGUCAGCUGGAAAUCGGAGGUUUACGACGGUCAUGUCGGUGAAAACCGCGAGGGCUCCUGGACGCAGGGAUGGAGGGCCGUGAUUGGACGUUUGAUUCACCUGCUGGGAGUCGUGUUGCAGAAAAGUUUCUCCAUCGGUAAGAAAUGGCGGAGGAGAUGUUCAACGACUCAGUUCUGGAUCUAAAAGAACUAGAGCUGAAAGUGGGAAGGAAAACUCCGGACUGUCUUCUGACAUGGAUGAAGGAUGCGACCGAUUGUCCUGAAGAGAGAGACGACUCCGCUUUAUCUGACAAAAUACACAACUUAAAACAAGAUAUGAGGGCGCUGCGGUGCACAGACGUGAGGAUCCUGCGCCAGUUGGUGGCCAUUCACGAGGGCAUCGAGGCGGUGCGAUGGCUGGUGGAGGAGAGGGGCGCCUUGGCGAGUCACGGCAGCAGCUUGACAGGAAGCCUGAGCAGCUUGGUGACAGUUGAGGAGCCAGGGGCCUCAGUGUCCCCCUGCAGAGACAGCCCGAGUCUGACCUUCCUCCAGGAUGUGACCGAGGAGGAGUCAGCCGAUCAGCCACCGCCUACUGAUGUAGACCAUUCACACAAGCCGCCCGCCGUCUCAUCAACAAGCCCUCAGAACUUCACUGAUCCUCUUCAGGGGGCUCUGUUCAGGUCUCUCAGAGUCUCUCAUGCAGAUGGGAGAGACAACCCAACCGAAGGCAACAUGGAGGAACAUUCUGGCAGUUUGUCCAAAGAAGCGCUUCUGCUGGCUUAUGAUGCCCAGUGGUGCUGGGUGGAGUCUCAGGAUGAUGUGACUUAUUUAUGAUUUGCCAAAGAUGAAUUGUGGUUGGCAUGGUGCUCAUACUAAGGUACUGUGUGUAUGGUGUGGAAACACAUGACUCCUUUUAAUUUGUGUCAUUUUACAAGACGUUUUUUUGUGAAUUGAUUCUGAAAAUGAU